AUGGAGGGCAUAGACCACAAAUCAAUAACUGUAAAUGGCAUAAACAUGCACGUUGCAGAAAUCGGGCAGGGCCCUUUUGUGCUAUUCCUCCACGGUUUCCCUGAAUGCUGGUACUCAUGGCGCCACCAAAUGACCUUCAUGGCAAGACACGGCUUUCGGGCGGUGGCGCUGGACCUCCGCGGAUACGGAGACACUACUGGUGCACCAGUAAAUGAUUUCACAAAAUUCACCACGCUUCAUGUGGUGGGUGACGUGGUGGCGCUCCUUAACGCCGUCGCGGCCCAGGAGGAGAAAGUGUUUGUUGUUGGGCAUGACUGGGGGGCCAUGAUUGCGUGGGCUUUGUGUUUAUAUAGACCGGAUAGGGUUAAGGCUUUGGUGAAUUUGAGCGUGGCGUUCCUGCCGAGAAACCCCAGCAAGAAGCCCGUUGAGAGCUUGCUUGCAGUUUAUGGGGAGGAUUACUAUAUUUGCAGAUUCCAGGAACCUGGAGAAAUAGAAGGCGAGUUUGCCCAAAUGGGUACUAGGAGGGUGUUGAAGAAUUUCCUGACCUACGACAAUCCAGGACCACUUUACCUUCCUAAGGGGAAAGGUUUUGGAGAAUCGGCAGAUACUCCAAUUAUCUUGCCUUCAUGGCUAUCUGAAGAAGAAGUUGAUUACUAUGCUAGCAAAUACGAGAAGAGUGGCUUCACAGGGGCUUUAAAUUACUACCGGGCACUUGACAAAAAUUGGGAGCUCACAGCUCCAUGGACCGGGGAUCAAAUUAAAGUUCCAGUGAAGUUUAUUGUGGGUGACCUUGACCUAACCUAUAAUGCCCCUGGCAGCAAAGACUUCAUACAUAAAGGAGGGUUCAAGAGAUAUGUGCCAUUGCUGAAGGAAGUUGUUGUAAUGGAAGGAGCGCCACCAAAUUUUGGAUGUGCAGCUUUAGGUGAUUGGGCUGUGGCACCGGACGGUCCGGACCUGAGGGGCUAUGGUGACACCCCUGAUGCACUACUCGUGGACCUAUCAAAAUCCACUGUCCUUCACAUAGUGGGAAACCUGAUUGCCCUCCUUGAUGCCGUCGCGUGGAUGAGGAUGAAGUCUGACGAGGUUAAGGCUCUGGUGAACUUUAUUAUUGCUUUUAUUCCCAGAAGUCCUGAAAUAAAUCCUAUGGACAUGUUUCACGGUGCAUAUGGGGAGGAUCACUACACAUGCAGAUUUCAGGAACCUGAGGAUAUAGAAGCUGAGUUUGCACAGAUUGGCACCAAGGAAAUUCUCAAGAACAUAUUUGCAUUCCGCACUCCUGCAAAAUUUGAGCAGACUGGAUCCUCUGGAGGAGUGAAUUACUACUGCGCACUUGGCAGUUUAGUUCGGGUCGAUUGGAAUUGUGGGUGA